AAAUUUGUGACAAAUUAUUUAAAAACUAGUAUUUAAAUUUUGAAACUCGAAAUUUUAUUUUAAAAAUUUAAACUUGAGAACAGUAACUGCAAUAAUUAUAAUAGUAAAGGUAAUCUGAUACAUUUGGAACCUGUCCUGGAGCUAAGGAUUAUCAAGAUACUAUGUUAUGUCUCUUCAAUGACAGCAAGUAAAUGGGGGUCGUUAUCAAAGGCAAUAGAUACAAAAGAUGGACAAAGUACGGUUGCUGCCGACGUCUCCGCUGCAGCAGGUGUAUAUAAAUAACAAUAACAAUAGUAAUAAUGGAAGAGGACGAAUGUCAUUCAUCCGUCGACUUGGAGUCGGAUGUAUCAUCCUAGCAGCUCUUGGUCUUCUUUACGUUCCCGCUUAUCACUCGGCACAAGGUCCGCUCUUUGGAAUAGGUGAGGUUUCACCCCCUGCUGAAUCAUUAGGGGGAGGUUCAAACUACCUAGACUCUACUGUAGUACAAAUAUCGGGAUGGACGUUUAAUACUUCUAGGAAUGUAAAUUUGUAUAUAAACCCAGACAACAACACGGCGAUAACGAGCCCGGAGUUGUCCUGCGGAAGCUCGCCGCCGUAUCUGCUGAUAAUCGUUUGCUCGGCGGUGGGGAACCAGAAGGCGAGAACCGCCAUCAGGAGCACCUGGGGCAGCGAACAGAACUUGUAUUACCUGUCGACGUCGUCCUCGUCCGCGAAUACGACUGUCAAGGUGGUUUUUUUACUGGGGGAAAGCACCAAUGACACGCUCAAUGCCCAGAUACUGGACGAAAAUUAUGAGUAUGGAGACAUCAUUCAGGAAAAAUUCAUUGACACGUACAAUAAUUUGACUCUUAAGUCGGUGAUGAUGCUGAAGUGGGUCACCACGACCUGCCCACAGGCGACCUAUCUCAUGAAAACUGAUGACGACAUGUAUGUUAAUGUUCCGGCGUUAGUUAAAGUCAUCAAGUCGAGGCCCACUAGUGCUGGGACGUUAAUGGGGUCACUUAUUUGCAAUGCCCGUCCAAUAUCUGAUCCUAAAAAUAAGUGGUACACUCCAAAAUACAUGUUCUCAGAAAAAACAUAUCCAAAUUACUUGUCAGGUACCGGUUACGUUAUGAGUUUAGAUGUCGCAUCAAAAUUAUACAAGACCGCGUUGAAAACUCCUCUGUUACAUUUAGAAGACGUUUAUUUGACGGGUUUAUGCGCGAAAAAGGCUAAACUACGUCCCGUAAAUCAUCCCGGGUUCAGUUACAUACCGCGUAAAUUUGAUUACUGUGUACUUAAAAAUUCAAUUACCGCGCACAAAGUCGACUCUUCCGGUAUGUACGAAAUUUGGAACAAAUUACAAAGUUCGAAUGUCACUUGUCCCAGUUCCACCGCUACCAGUGAUAAUAGUAAUAAAAAAUCAUCAUCGAUAUUGAACAGACAUGGCAGACAUAUUAAUUAUUACUUAAUGAAAAAACGUAUCAACAACAGGUGCAGCUGAAAAACCAAAUAAAUUAUUUUAUAAUUUUUUAAUGUACAUAACAAUUGUCCGGACCGGCAGCUAUUCUUUCGAUUGGGUACAAAUAAAUAUUUUUAUCAAUAAGUCUGUUAUAUAAUAUGCAAGUACGAGUAUAAAUAAAAAUAAUAAUAGUCAACUACCCGUCAUAAGUCUCUCCCUCAAUUGACAGUUGCUGUACGGAAAACUUCCUUCACUUAAUGACUUUUUUGAGUUUCGUACUAGACAUUCCGUUAUUAGCAUCCGAUAAAAUUGUAAAAGUUGUGAAUUAAGAAUUGGAAAUAAUGAGAAAAUGAAUUAUGAAAAUUUACUAUCUAUGAUUCGCAGAGAUUUUUGUAACGAAACGUAAACAGUCUACUGCCCCUGCGGGGAUAAAUUUACGGCGACAAUUAUAAUCUUCUGAAAAUGCUUCUCAUAUCGUAUGGUAACAGGUUUUUUUUUUUAAAUAUUGAUUACAGGAAUAGUACUCCUAUUAAUUAUGGUAAUACCUUAUGACAGGUAGUCGGCUGUAAUUGAUUAAUUUCAUUAAAUUUUAGUGUGUGCCAAUGAUUAAAAACAACAAAUCCAUUGAAAUUUAAGUGAUAGUAUGAAAAUAAUAUUUUUAUGAGCUCGUUUCU